GGGAGGGAGAGAGGAGAGAGAGAGAGAGAGAGAGGGCUGGAUUCUCAGUCCAUCCACCUGCAGACUGCAAUAGUUCAGCAGCCAUGACGGACACUGUGAUGGGUGGCAGCUCAGAUUGCUGGGUGUCCAACGACAGGCAGAGGAGCAUGCAUGCCAAUGAUAAGGAACAGGGCAACUGGACCAUGCAGCCAGGCCCUGGUCCAGGUCCAGACCUGACAGAUGAAGAGAAGGAGAUUAUAAACAGUGUGAUUGCCCGUGCUGAGAAAAUGGAGGCCAUGGAGCAGGAGAGAAUUGGGCGCUUGGUAAACCGUCUGGAUGACAUGAAGAAGAUGGUGUGUGGUGAUGGAGUGUCCCGCUGUUUGCUGUGUGGGGAGCAGCUGGGCUCACCUGGGGUCAGCUCAGUGGUGUGUGAGGACUGCAAAAAGAACAUGUGUACCAAGUGUGGAUUACAGUGUAACAGUCGGCCACGUGCUGUGUGGCUAUGCAAGAUCUGCAAAGAACAGCGAGAGGUGUGGAAGAGAUCUGGUGCCUGGUUCUUCAAAGGCUUUCCUAAGCAUUUCCUACCUGCACCGAUGCCAAUAGCUAAACCCAGAGAGACAAAUGCCCAGCAGGCUGUGCAGCCCCAGGGGCCACCAGCCUCUGAGCCCAGAGAGGUGGCAGCCCAACCACAGUCACAGGGUACACACAGUCAAAAUGCUGCUACCUCUGAGCAGCAGAUUUCAGGAGCAGACGCACAGGGUCGUGCUGGUUACCCACCUCUGGCCCCUAAACCAACAGAGGUGCCUAUGGCCACAGGUGGGGUUGGUCCUGGCUACACUGACGGUGCGGCCCAGGGUGGCCCAGUGGUGAUGAAAAAGGCAGUGACGGUCCAGAGUUCCAGACCACAGCCUGCCGCCAGUGCCACCAUGGCCCAGCAGGGUCCAGGGGCAACAGAUGGAGGUGCUUACUCUUCCGGUGCAGCUCCCCCAGAGCAGAGAGCGCCUCCUGCAGUCCGGGAGGAGAGGAGGCAGCCUGCUGGUUACCAGGCACCCCCAGCUCGACAGCAACCUCCCCCACCUGAAGAGGAGGAGGAGGCCAAUGACUAUGACUCUGAUGAAGCCACUACUCUGGGCUCUCUAGAGUUCAGUCUGCUUUAUGAGCAGGAAAGCAACAGCCUCCACUGUAGCAUCCUCAAAGCAAAGGGACUGAAGCCCAUGGACUCCAACGGACUGGCUGAUCCCUACGUCAAACUUCAUCUGCUGCCUGGGGCUAGCAAGUCCACAAAGCUGCGCACAAAGACCUUGAGGAACACCCGCAAUCCUGCAUGGAAUGAGACUCUCACCUACCAUGGGCUGACAGAUGAUGACAUGCAGCGUAAGACCCUCAGGAUCUCCGUCUGCGAUGAAGACAAGUUUGGGCACAAUGAAUUUAUCGGGGAAACCCGAGUGGCCCUGAAGAAACUGAAGAUGAACCAGAAGAAAAACUUCAACGUGUGUCUUGAGAGGGUUGUCCCCACAAAGAGAACUGCAACAGCCGGGGCAGCUCGAGGCAUUGCGCUCUAUGAAGAUGAGCCAGGGAAAGACGGUGCAGAGGUAGAGGAGCGAGGCCGGAUUCUGAUCUCCCUCAUGUACAGCUCCCAGCAGAAUCGUCUCAUCGUGGGUGUUGUGCGCUGUGUUCACCUGGCUGCCAUGGAUGCUAAUGGCUAUUCUGACCCGUUUGUCAAAAUAUGUCUGAAACCUGAUAUGGGGAAAAAGGCCAAGUGCAAAACACAGAUCAAGAAGAAGACCUUAAACCCAGAGUUCAAUGAGGAGUUUGGCUACGACAUCAAACACAGCGAACUUGCCAAGAAGACUUUAGAUAUCUCUGUGUGGGACUAUGACAUUGGAAAAUGCAAUGACUACAUCGGUGGGUGUCAGCUGGGUAUCACUGCCAAAGGAGAGAGAUUGAAGCACUGGUACGAGUGUUUGAAGAACAAGGACAAGAAGAUAGAGCGCUGGCACACCUUGCUGAAUGAGAAUCACGUCUCUAGCGAUUAACCACUUGCCCCCCAACUGCAUGAGCCACCCCCCCUGCCCCUCCAUUUAGUCCACUUCCCCUCUCCUAAGGCACUUUUUUCCAUUGUAUUCUUUUGUCUAUUCUACUCUCCUGUCCCCUACCUGACCAAAACACAGGCAACGCUCUCAUGCCUCCUGAUGUAAUGUACCCCGUCUUAUCUAUUCCUUAACUAUUUCUCUGCCUGUGCUGAGACUUAAUCUGCCUGUGGAACAUUUCAAAAGGCAAAACAUGGCGUACUUAAAACGAGUUAGAGAUUUCAUUAAUGCAACCAAGACAUCUAGAGCGGAAAGUGCAACAUUUUAGUGAAAUAGUUGCAUAAAGACGAUCAUGCUUGUCAGUGACGUUAUACAGUAUACUGAACUUGACACAUCCUCAGCUAAAGAAAACGGAAUUUGAAUUGCACUGGCACAGAACAAGAAAAGCAAUAUGUAAUGGCAUUUAAAGUCACAACCACCAUCCCAGGUCACAACAGCCUCUAUUAAGCGCAUUCAUUCAGUUCAUUAGAGUGGAAGGGUGUCACUUUUUAUUUCUUGUGUAAUUACGUCAUGCCAUAGUGUAACACUUGUAUGAGCAUGCUAAGACACAGACAUAAGAAAACAAUGAACAAGCAGCUGCACCUUCAAAUACGUCAACUGUGCCCUAUGUCAUGGACAUAAAUCAUGAAGAAAUGUUUACAUAUUGAUACAUUGCUCAGGUUAGGAUAGAAAUGACAAAAAUCUGGUCCAUACAUGAUUCAUAAAUCAGUGGACCAUGAGCUAGAUGAAUCUUUCAUCAGUUGCAGUUAAUGUGUGACUUAAAAUGAUAGCACACCUAGUUGAGUAUUACGAAUUUCUAUGUUUGAUUAUCCAAGCUGUGACGUUUGAGGUUGUGGGAAAUGUUAAGCAUGUGACCGUGUGAUCUGAGAGACUGAACAGUGAACAGAAAUGUUUAUUUUUCAGUUGUCGUUCCUGAGUUGCAGUGAGAAUUGGCAGAAAGAAAGGACUUUCUCUCUGCUCGCGCUGCUCCUCCGAAGCGUGCGGUUCUCUCUGACAGCUCAGAGGUUUUCUACUGCAGUUUUUAUACUGAACGCACAUGGUCAGGUUUCUUACUCCCAACAAAUGAGUCUGCUCCGCUUGACAGGAAGAGAAGGUUGAACAGAUUAUGUCAUAAGUAUGUGCAGCUUUACUUGCAUGCACUGUGCUCGUGACUCGUGAUUCUGUGCCUGGAGCAGUUAUGGCCCGCUUCUACCCCAACGUACCCCCUUCCACAAGCAGGGCCCUUUCCAUUACGCCACACCCGAAUCAUUCAAGGCUUAAGUGUGUGGCUGUUCACUAAUUGCAGAGAUUCAAGGAAAGCACACCUUACACAAUGGAAUGACCUCAAUUUAUACAGCUGUUUGCAAGUUACUCCAAUGUCGAAAAACAAAAAGACAAAAACAAAAAAAACCUAUGCAUGAAAUGUCUUGUGGUUCAAGAUAUAUACAUAUACUUUUUAAGAAAUUAAUGCUAUUGUAAUUGAAUUAAUGUUUACACUUAUUCCCCAUGACAUUCCUGUUAAUAUUUAUAAAGAAAAAGGCCAUAAUAACACAAAUGCAUCUAUGCUGCAUGACUAUCGGGAUGCUUAUUGAUAUUGUUGAGACAGCUUAACUGAAAUGAUGUUACCUAAAUAAACUGGUCUGAUUGCAUCCACAGGACUAAUUGAUAAUGUGAUACCAAGUGAGCACAUCAGUGAAAAGAAUUUAUAAGUUUAUUUAUAAGAAUAUAUAAGUAGUAUACACUGAGAUUGACCUCAUUCUUUGAGACAUUCUGUACAUAUACAGCAAGCUCUCUCCAGCAACUUGUUUCCUCUGAACAGUCACUCUGCCCCCCUGUGGCAGCGCUUCUAACACCAGUAGCAUCACACACUGUCCCAACUAACUCCACUUUGGACACAGUGGAUCAUCCUGUUAUGGUCAACACAUAUUAUGUUAACUCAUUUACUUAUUAUUAUUAUUUAUUUUAUGUCAGCAGGCUUCUCUCUGAGCUAAACACCUAGCUGUCUUCUACUUGAUUCUGCCAGUUCAGUGGAAUGUUUGCUGGUUCUGUCUCUGUAUUUGUAAAUAGAUAGUGCAUGCACUGGAAAAUAUGUAUGUUUGCAAAUAACUUUGCAUGUAAAGAUUUUGCAAAGAGUUUACACAGAUCAAUAAAAACUAGUUAAAACUGA